AAUAGCCUCGAAGGCCUACGGCCUGCUAGUAUAAUAAGAAAGAGGUACGAAGCGCCACCGGCGCACAAUAAACAAAAGAGGUGCACGAACCGCAGGAAACCGAAGCUUCGACAGGUGAAGAGCAAACCAGGAGCAUGAGCUGGGGUUCCUCCCAUCUCAGAUCAUGACGAAGAUCAACCUCAGCCCUCCGAUACUCCAUCUGUACGGAUACAUCUAUCUGUUGCUAGUGCUGCUGCCAGCUCAGCCCUCCGAGGCACAACGCACCCCGCCGACCCAACAUGGUCUCAGGCGAGUCAACCCGUCGACUGCGAUCAUCGUCGCAGUCCUCAUCAGCGCCUUCUUCCUCAUGGGCUUCUUCUCCAUCUACCUCCGCAAAUGUGCCGGCGACUCCGUUGGAAGCGUCCGCCGGAUCGGCACGCGCGGCCGGUCCCGGCGAGCCGCCGCGUCGCGUGGUCUCGACCAGGCCGUGAUCGAGUCGUUCCCGACCUUCGAGUACUCGGUCGUCAAGGGCCUCAAGCUGGGCAAGGAUGCGCUAGAAUGCGCCGUGUGCUUAAACGAGUUCGAGGACGAGGAGACUCUCCGUCUUCUCCCCAAGUGCAGCCACGUUUUUCACCCUGAAUGCAUCGACGCCUGGCUCGGGACCCACACCACCUGCCCCGUCUGCCGGUCCAAUCUCAUGCCAGGAUCGUCCGAUACAGAGGCUCCCCCUGUGGAGACACUUAAUACCGAAAUCGCUACCGAAGGCGACGCCCGAGACGCGGAGACGGUAAGCCAGGUGGCGAUCGACGUCCCCGAUGAAAGCACGGAUCAGAUCUCGGUCCAGGACCGUCCGAUCCGGUCCAAAUCGACGCGACGGCCGUUCAAAUUCCCGCGGUCGCACACAACGGGGCACUCGCUCGUGCCGCCGGGGGAGGACGUGGAGCGGUUUACGCUGCGGCUGCCGGAGCACGUGAGGAAGGAGAUCGUGGAUGGGAAGCUGAGCCGUACGACCAGCUGCGGCGUGUUCCCGGCGGGUGGUGGGUCAGAUUCCAGCAGCAGGGGUUACAGGAGCGGAGCAGGAUGGGAAGGAAGUGGCCGGAGGCGGAACUUUCAGUUCGGGCGGUUUGACCGGAAGGCGAAGUCGGACCGGUGGGGUUUCUCUCUUGCUCCGCCCUUCUUCAUGAGGACACUUUCCGUUAGGUCAUCAAAGGGAGUUGACGGCGACCAAACGCCAAAUGCGAAGGGUCUGUUUCCGUCCGUUAAGGCGCCGUUCGAUUGCCUUGGCGCGAAAGACGAACCCACCGCCGAGCAGUCGGCGGCUCGCGGCUCGGCUCCGGUUUUUACCGUUGCUGCUGAAUAGAGGAAAAGGACCAAAAAAAAAAAAAAAAAAAGUAGAGCGGAUGAGGUUCGUCGAAACUCCAAUGUACACUUGUUUUUACGGUUAGUGAAUCUGGACCGUCCAGCUCGUUGGCCCUACUGUCGAUAGUCCAAGGUCGAAACAACACUCUGAUCAGACAAUCCUAGCCGUUCAUUUUGCGUCAACGGUAGAGAUUCAAAGGUCAAAAGCAUACUGGGGCGGCUUUCCUAACAUGGCCAUCGCAUGAACAGCCCACCAGAUGGACGUUCUUGGUUCACCAACCGUACAACCAUUUGUACAGCUGCAGUAGUUUUGAGGAUAAGAUAUGAUUUGUUUAUAUAUUUACGAGAUUGAAUUUCCACACCAUAAGCAUAAUUCGGUCAUUCGAUAUCCGUUUGGAGAGAUGUAAAUACUGUUUUUUAAUCUUUUCACUCACUCCAGUUGCUGA